UCACAAUCUCCCCUCUGCACUCUUCGCUACCUCCUUCAUUAACCUUCACAGAGCUGUAGAAUCCUGCCACAUUGCCAUAGGUAAGUUCGGAACUCUCUAUCAACAUGUUUCCCCUCCCUUUCCAAUGAUGAUACACCAGCUGGCACCAGGCCGAGAAGACUUGUACUCUUUACAUGCGGAUCAGCUUGCGGAGCAAAGUCUCCAUCGAUCUGACUAUCCUUCACCUCAAUAUCUUGCAUCGCAUUCUCAAAGGGAACAUCUUGCUGAUAACAGUGAACAGAAAAAUUUUCCGCCUCGGUGAAUACAUACUCAUCGCUCACGAUGGUUUUGCACAACCCGAACAAUUGGCAUUGGGUGAACAAGGAUGUUUCAGUGUGGGCAAAGGACUUCUUAGAUACUGAGCUGCCACAAGUAGCUGCCGAGAAGGAUGGUGUUACCGCGAAGAUCGAUAAGGUUGUCAGCAUGGAUGGCGACGUUGAUGUUAGCCAGCGCAAGGGCAAGGUCAUUACUCUGUUCGAUGUAAAGCUAAAGCUUGAAUACUCGGGCAAGAACAAAGAAGGUGAAGAAGCCAGCGGCACCAUCGUUGUCCCAGAGGUCGCCCACGACACAGAGGAAGACGAGUAUGUCUUUGAGAUAGAUGUUUACUCAGACGAGAAGAGCAAACAACCCGUGAAGGACCUCGUCCGCUCCGACAUCCUCCCCCAGCUUCGAAAGAGCCUCGCCAAGCUAGGCCCGGCUCUGAUCACCGAGCACGGAAAAGACAUUCAGCAUGCCCCUGGUACCAACCCGUCCAGUGGAUUCAGCACGCCCAAGGUCUACUCAAGCUCUUCGGUCAACAAGUCUUCCGAGGCCACUGCUUCAUCAAGCGCAAUACAAGCUAGCUCAGGAAAGCUGGUCAACACAACCACCAUUACCGACUCAACAGAGUUCCGCACCACUGCCGCUGAACUCUUCAAGACCUUCACCGAUCCUCAAAGGCUAGCGGCGUUCACUCGUGCUCCUCCCAAGACAUUUACUGGUGCUCAGCCUGGAGGCAAAUUCGAGUUGUUCGGCGGAAACGUUUCGGGAGAGUUCACUGAGCUUGAGGAGCCUACACACAUUGUGCAGAAGUGGCGUCUCGCACAAUGGCCUGCCGGUCACUUCUCGACUCUCUCCCUCUGGUUCGACCAGAACGACGUGGACGCGGUGACCGUGAUGAGAGUCGAGUGGAAGGGUGUCCCCAUCGGCCAGGAGGAGCCCACCAAGGGCAACUGGAGUGAAUACUACAUCCGAAGCAUCAAGACGACCUUCGGCUUCGGAACAGUGCUGUAGUUACCCUCCACAGCUUUCACAGACGAUUGGAUGGAGUAGCAGGCGUUUUGGGAUGGCUGGAUGGAGGAAUGAAUGAUUAUGAAUCGAUGUAUACUCAUGGCAGCGAGAUCUCAUCAGAUCAGAUACAGAUAGCCAACAAGGAACUAUCGUACAAGAACAAGUAGUAAAUAUGCACCUCUGUUCUUCAUGACAAAGAGCUACUCCUUGCAACUUACCAUCUCCACGCUUUAAACUAAC